AUGCCACUCGUAGGCGUCAUAAUGGGAAGCAGCUCCGACGAGGCGACAAUCGCCGAAACGGUCAGCGUGCUCGACCAGAUGGGAAUCGAGAACGAAGUUACGGUAGCCUCAGCGCACCGCACCCCUGAGAAGGUCAUGGAGUAUGUUACCGGCGCGCGCGAUAGGGGCAUCGAAGUGCUCAUAGCCGCGGCGGGCGGCUCGGCUGGGCUUCCCGGCGUCGUAGCGUCCUGGACCACCCUGCCCGUCAUUGGCGUUCCCCUGCCCAGCAGCGACCUCAACGGCGAGAAUUUAAUGACCACAAUUCGAGAAACCACCCUGCCCAACCGCCUAUAUCAGGGCAAGGUGCGCGACACUUACGACCUCGGCGAAGGCCUGCUGCUCAUGGUCGCAACAGACCGCAUAUCCGCCUUCGACGUCGUGCUUCCCACUGGCAUCCCUGAGAAGGGCGCAGUGCUCUGCCAAAUAUCAGAGUUCUGGUUCAACAAGACCGCCCACAUCAUCCCGAACCACUUCGUCUCGCUCGCCACAGACCGCAGCGACCUCGAUCUGUCGCACGAGAUUGCCCGCCGCUCGAUGGUCGUCAAGCGCGCCGAGCGCAUCGACGUCGAGUGCAUCGUGCGCGGCUUCAUCACCGGCUCCGCAUGGCAAGGAACUCACGGAGCGACUCGCGCAGGCUCCAUUGAUGUCUAUGCCACCGCGCGCGACUACGCGAAGGAAAAGGGCAUCAUCAUCGCCGACACAAAGUUCGAGUUCGGCAUCAUCGACGGCGAAAUCUCGCUGAUCGACGAGGUGCUCACACCCGACUCCAGCCGCUUCUGGGAUAUGGACGGCUACGCCCCCGGCAAAUCGCAGCCCAGCUACGACAAGCAGUUCGUCCGCGACUGGCUGGACGAUGCCGGCUGGGACCACGAGCCGCCGGCGCCCGAACUGCCAGGCGACGUAGUUGCCAGCACUGCCGAGCGCUACCUGGAGGCAUACCGCAUGUUGACGGGUAACUCGCUAUCCUAG